AUGAUUUACGACGUUAACUCUCCACUUUUCCGAUCCUUCCUUAGUCAGAAGGGAGGUUCCUCCGAUAAGAGCUGUUGUACUGCUGCUAUAGCGACUUCUGUUAUUGUGGUCACUAUGGGUGUUGUGGUUGCAACAGGUGUCCUGUAUCAACAUCUUUUAUCUUGCGAUUGGGGUCUUCUAUGCGUCUGUGGCCUAUUUAUGAAAACCGAUGAGCAGAAGCCAAAAGAGCAGAAACCCAAAGCAAGUGAGAACAAACCUAUAAUGACAGAGUGA